AUGCCUCUCAUCGCCCAGUCUCCCACCAGCCGCAUCAUCUUGGGUCUCAUGACCUUUGGGCCCAAGGCGGAGAGCGGCGCCCGCAUCACGGACAUCGACACCUUCAACAGGGCCCUCGACGUCUUCCAGGCGAGGGGAUACAACGAGGUCGACACGGCGCGCGUCUACGUGGCCGGCGAGCAAGAGGCCUUUACCCGGCAGGCCAGAUGGAAGGAGAGAGGGCUUACGCUGGCGACCAAAGUGCGGUACCCGGCGAACCCGGGCGACAACACGGCAGACAAGGUAGUCGAGUCGGUCGAGACGAGCCUGAAGGAGCUGGGCGCCGACUGUGUGGAUCUCCUGUAUCUGCAUCGGCCGGACCGGGCCACGCCGUUCCACGAGACGCUCGAGGCCUUGGACAAGCUGCACAAGGCGGGCAAGUUUGUGCGCCUCGGGCUCAGCAACUUUGCGGCGUUUGAGGUUGCCGAGGUGGUCAUGACGUGCAAGAACAAGGGCUGGGUGCGGCCAACCGUCUACCAAGGCAUGUACAACGUCAUCACGCGCAACAUGGAGCCCGAGCUGGUCGUGGCCUGUCGGCGGUAUGGGCUGGACAUUGUCGUCUACAACCCCAUCGCCGGCGGCCUCUUCUCCGGCAAGAUGCGGUCCAAGGACAUGGUGCCGGAGAGCGGGCGCUUCUCGGACACGACGUCGACGGGGGCGCUGUACCGGCAGCGGUACUUUCGCGAGAGCACGUUUCGGUCGAUGCAGGUCAUCGAGGCGGCCGUGGACAAGCACGGGCUGAGCAUGAUUGAGACGGCGCUGCGAUGGAUGGUGCACCACUCCAAGCUGCAGAUCAAGAACGGCACCGACGGCAUCCUGAUUGGCGUGUCGAGCGUCGAGCAGCUCGAGGACAACCUCACCAACCUGGAAAAGGGGCCGCUGCCCGACGACGUGGUGCAGGCGCUGGACGAGGCGUGGGCUAUCUCCAAAGCCGACUCCGCCAACUACUGGCACGGAGAGCUGGAGUACGGGUACGACACGCGAGAGGCGCUGUUUGCAGGUAGCGGCGCCAAGUGA